UCCGCUCCGGUGCCGGCAGAACGCCGCUGCCGCCGACCCGAGAGCAUCGUGUGCGCCCCGAACCGAGCCUGGGCUCUCCGUGCCCCGAACGGAGCCUGGGCUCUCCGUGCCCCGCCGAACCCAGCCUGAGCUCUCUGUGUUCCAUCGAACCGAGUCUGGGGUCUCUAUCUCCCACCGAACCCAGCCCGAGCUCUCUGUGUUCAAUCGAACCGAGCCUGGGCUCUCUGUGCCCCGUCGAACCCAGCCUGAGCUCUCCGUGCCCCGCCGAUCCGGGGCUCUCUGUGUCUCGUCGAACCGAGCCUGGGCUCUCCGUGUCCCAUCGAACCGAGCCCGGACGCCUGCGCCCCUCCGAGCCUCGCCACGAUGAUGCCCGGCCGGACCCUGCGCAAAGCAGCGCCUCCAGCCGCUCCUGCAGGGCGGGAGGCGGCGGCGGCCGAGUGCGCCCUGGAGCUGACCCGCAUCGGCGACAGAUGGAACCUGCGGCAGCGCCUCCUCAACCUGCUGGCCAAGCUGUUCCUGCCGAGCCCCGGAGCGCGGGCUGCCCGCGGGCACGGCGAGAGGAGCAGAGGAGCACCUUGGCUUUGCGGGUUUGGCAGAAAAGGCUCCACAGACAGUGGGAGAUGAAGAGACCUCAAAUCUCGCUGCGUUGUGUUUAGCUGCCCGUAGGCGCUGCAGGAUGGCUACCACAUGAUUUCUCUGAAGAAUGUUACGGCAAUACUGGCGUAUGAAUGCCAGGUGCGAAAAAAAGAUAAGGAUGGGCAGAGCCUCUCAACUGUGCAGUAGUGACUCGGGACAAGCUGGUGACCUGGGGAAGUUUGGGGCAAGACUGAACUUGCCCUUCACCGUGGUCUGAGAACAUUUCAGGAACCCGGGCUCCCCAGUUACCCUCUGGUCCUCAUGUCCCAUAGCCACGUUUCACCGAGGAGUUCAGCUCUCCUCCAGGAUGAAGCCAAAAAAAGUGUCAUUGUUUUGGAACUUGCGAUCACAUACCACAAAGGAAACUCCUGGAUUUUUGACUGCUGGAUUUUCGACUGUUCUUCUUUUCUGAAGUACAGAUCCUGCUGGACAGGGAUCUGGUGGUGGGAAUUAAAAUUUGUUAAAGGCAACCACUAUCUCUAUUGAAAGGUUAUUUGUUACAGGAUGUUUUUUUGCAGACUAAAUGUUGUUAUUCUAUAAAUUAACACAGUGUUCCAUAGUUCUAAUCUAUAUUAUAAAUAUAUAGUAUAGGUUUAUAUAUAUAGUAUGUAUACAUAAAAUACAAAUGUGUGCACGGCUAGUGCAUUUCAUGAGAAUUUAGCAGAAUUAUUAAUCGAAAGCUGUUUGUUUAAUCUCAAAACACAGUAUGAAAAAAUGUUCAAAAUAUGACAAAAUAUAAAAAGGUAUUAUAUAAACCAAAAAAGGGCACAAUAUUUUCUGAUGAUAAAGGAAAUAAAUCGUGCUUCAGAGAGGGAAUAAUACUUUGGCAUUAUAUAAGAUAUAUAUAUGAAUAUAUAUUACACAAACACAGAUAUUGAGGUAAUUGUGGAAGGAUUCCUUCAACAUUACAAAGAAUUUCUUGAUAACAGUACAAUUCUGCUGUGUCUUUAUAAGUAACAAAAUAACUUCAAUAGAAGUAGAUUCUAAAGUUGAAUCUCAAGUUUUGCUGAGAAUGUUAUUUAUUCAAAGAAAGCAUCUACCUCUCUUUGAAAAAAUAAUAUCAAUAGAACUGAGGGUUACAGCGGUACAAGAAAGUAGCCUUAGAUUUUUGAAUGUUUAAUUAUACUUAUGGGCAAAGGUUGUUCCCUUGUAUACUUUAUUUCCAUUUCAUUUCAUGGCCUGUUCAUUUCAGUUCCAGCACGGUGGAGCUGCUGCAGCAUGUCCAGGGGAUGGUGAUGCACCCUUGCCACUGAGGGUUACAGGGAAUAACCCAUCUCACUGAGGGGAUAUUGCCUUUGGCUGGCUUCAGAGGAGCUGAUUAAACAUGUUGAUUGCUGUCAAGGCAAACAGUAAGUUUGCUAGUCAAUUCAUGUCAGGCUCCAUCCUAAACAGUAUUUUUCAUGGGUCCAAGAUAGCAAGAAAAAGGCUGAAGCUGUUUCAUAGCUACCUCUAGGGUCAUUGGUCAGAGUUCCUUCUCUUAACUAACCUUGUAUAUAAGUAGACUUCCAUUUUAUAAGGCUGUGCAGUUACACUUCAGUAUCUGUGUCUAUUCAAAUUAUGUCUUCUCCUGUCUUGUAGUGAAUUCUUGUUUGUAUUUAUAAUAUAUUUUUCUGUUUUCUCUUCUUAAUCUGCCUUUGCAAAAUUGUAAUUAUAUAACUCUGGUUACUCUCACAACCAGGGGCUGACAUUGGCUUCUGUCACUGAGCAGAAGCUGACUGACUUUGCCUCCAUUCCACAUGGAAGACACAACCCAUCAUCCCUGUGGUGUUACAGGGAGCUUUGCUGUUGUCUUGAGCCCCAUGCACCAUUCCCUUCCCCUCUAAGCUUGCCAGUACCUUUUCAGGGAGAACAUAAUGUUCCAAGAAUAGUUGUUAUUAUUUAUCUUACUACUGCAAAGCAGUGCAUUUUGCUGACAUGUGCAUAGGUCAGUCUUUCAGGUACUAAAAAGUAAAUGCAAAGACUUUCAGACCAGCAGAACACCAGCUCCCAGGUUAGCAUCCAGCUGGGCAAAUCUUCAUCAGAGUCAGCUCCAGCCUCAAAAGAAAGGUUGCUGUUGUAUAUCCUGCGCUUGGUGGAGUCUUGGAAUUUUCAUCAAGGACACUGAACAAUGACCACGCCUGUCUGGAACUCUCAGAAGAAUUCAGCAUUAGCAUUCACAUUAGCAGAAAAGCAUGUGAAUAAAACUGUUCUGUUCAAUGAACGCUGCUUGCAAAGUCAACAGGAAACGAGGCGUGAAUUUGCAGAGCCCACCCAGUUCUUCAGGCUGUAGCACAUAUGAAUAUUACGAAAAAAAGUAAUGAAAUGCAUUUUCAUGGGGAUAUCCAAGUUCAGUGUUAGCACAGUAUUUGCCUAGUUAUGCAAAGACUACUUGCUUUUUUUGGGAAUAUUUUAGGUGUUUCUGUGCAUUGUUAGGAAUGGUAGUGUUCAACAGGAACUCAGGAAAAAGGCAUGGACACAAGAGGUCAGUGCCAAUAUAUGACCAAGUGCUUGCUGAUGUCCACCCUAGAUUUCUUUUGUUACUUCUGCAAAGGAUCUGCUUUAUGACUUUAUCAACAUGAGUUUGUUUUCCUUAUGGCCUGUUCUGGAUGUGUGCCAGAUGUAUUGCUGUAUGCCUCAUGCAUGUAUGUCUUGAAUUCGUGCUAAGAUA